AUGGAAAUAAAGGAGCCAUCAAAUGAUAAUUCUGCUCAGAACCUACAUUCCAAAGCCGAAGUUAAUGUGCGGGAACCAUGGAAACAGAUUGAUAAAACAUCGAUAAGCUCCAAUGAAGCUGAGGAGACAAAAGUGUUUAUGGAUUUAGGUUUUGUCUUUACAGAAGAAGACUUGAAGUCGGAAUUGCCGGAGAUUCUUCCCGGCUUGCGGACAUUUCUCUGCCGGGAAGAACAGAGAAAGUCAGAGUGUUCAGUGCCGAGACCAUAUUUGUCGGAGGCAUGGGAAUUUCAAAGUGACAAAUGGAGUGGAAGAACAGAGAAAGAUUCAACGGUUAUAGAUUUGAGAAUGGCUAAGUUAUGUGGUGAGGAGAACAUGAAGGAUAGCCUUAAAUGGUGA